UUGACAGAGAGAGAGAGAGAGAGAAAUAUCUGCGCUAUUAUACUACUGCGCACGCGUCGGAAAAUCUCACGAACCCGAUAUCGUUGCGCGCACGCGCGAAAAAGAGGGUACGUCUAUCAACACUACCGACACUACCGUCCUGACUGACGUGAUAUCGCGGUGAGCGAUUUUGAGGUGGCAACGAGAUCGAGGCCGAGACAGUGCGAGAGAGAAAGAGAGACGGCGUGGCGCGCCUUCGUGAAAAGUAACGAUACGAAUCGCGUAGAAUGGGAAGAUUACAGAGGCAUGGUGCUGUAUUAGUGGUAAUAUCCCUCUUAAUAGAGACCAAUGGCUUUUAUGUACCUGGAGUCGCUCCAGUGGAGUUCAAGAAGGGCCAGAAGAUUGAUGUUAAAGCUGUCAAAAUGACCAGCAUCCAUACGCAAUUACCAUACGAAUAUUACUCUCUUCCCUUUUGUCGACCCAAGAAAGAAAUUUUUAUUUACAAAUCUGAAAAUUUGGGAGAGGUGCUGCGAGGUGACAGGAUAGUAAAUACUCCAUACGAGGUUGUAAUGGGAGAAGAUGUCAAUUGCAGAUUGCUGUGUCACGAUCCAUCUAGAUUUAUGACCUGGGACGAGGCUAAUUCCCAGCACGUUAUUCAGAUGAUACAGCACGAAUAUUUUGUCCAUCUUUUGAUAGACAACUUACCAGCAGCUACUAGAAAGAAACACAAAGAGACAAAUAACGUGGUUGUUUAUCAAGGAUAUCGUUUGGGUGGAAUAAUGAACGAUCAAGUGUACAUCAACAAUUAUCUUAAGCUAAUAUUAAGCUAUCAUAAACAUGGCGAAGACGAAUUUAGAGUAGUCGGAUUCGAGGUGGAAACUCGAUCCAUCGACACAACACAAUUGAAGUUCGACGGGAAUACCUGCAUAAUACCGAACGAAGCGAACCCACAGUUUGUCAGUCCAAAAAGCACGCGCCUCCUCUUCCUAUAUUCGGUGGAGUGGAAACAAUCGGAUGUAAGCUGGGCCAGUAGAUGGGACGUAUAUCUGGGCAUGAGUGACGUCGAGAUUCAUUGGUUCUCGAUCAUCAAUUCCCUUAUUGUCGUCUUCUUCCUGUCUGGAAUUCUGACAAUGAUCAUGGUGAGGACGCUUAGGAGGGACAUUGCUCGUUAUAACGCAGGCGAAAGUGACAGUCUAGCGGGUCUGGACGAAACGAUCGAGGAGACUGGCUGGAAGUUAGUCCACGGAGAUGUGUUUCGACCGCCGACCAACUCGCGCUUAUUCGCCGCCGUGAUCGGCAGCGGCAUCCAGAUCUUCUUCAUGGCUUUGAUUACGAUAUUCUUCGCGAUGCUGGGAAUGCUGUCGCCAGCGAGUCGAGGAGCCUUGGGCACUUGCGCGAUAUUUUUGUACGUGUUUUCCGGUUUGAUCGCCGGCUACUUCUCGGCGAGACUGUACAAGACGAUGCGAGGUCGGGAGUGGAGAAGAGCCGCUCUAUUGACAGCAACAUUUUAUCCUGGUAUAGUUUUCACAACAUGCUUCUUCCUAAAUUUCUUCAUAUGGGGAAAGCACAGUUCCGGUGCAGUCCCCUUCACCACCAUGGUAGCCUUGCUAUGCCUCUGGUUUGGCAUCUCUCUGCCUCUUGUCUAUCUUGGCUACUUCUUUGGUUACCGUAAGCAGCCUUUCACGCAUCCAGUUAGAACGAAUCAAAUUCCUAGACAAGUUCCUGACCAACUAUGGUAUAUGAAUCCAAUAUUAUGUACUUUAAUGGCUGGAAUUCUACCAUUUGGCGCUGUAUUCAUAGAACUCUUUUUCAUCCUGACUGCACUGUGGGAAAAUCAAUUCUACUACCUCUUUGGAUUUCUAUUCCUUGUUUUCUGCAUCCUUGUAAUCUCGUGCUCGCAGAUAUCAAUAGUCAUGGUCUACUUCCAAUUAUGCGGCGAAGACUAUAGAUGGUGGUGGCGAAGCUUCAUCGUGAGUGGCGGAUCAGCGGUCUAUGUGUUGGCAUACUCCGUCUUUUAUUUCGUCACCAAGCUGGAGAUUACUGAAUUAGUGCCAACCCUCAUGUACUUUGGCUACACCGCGCUGAUGGUCCUCACAUUCUGGCUAUUGACCGGUACGAUCGGUUUCUUCGCCGCGUACGCUUUCAUCAGAAAGAUAUACGCGGCCGUCAAGAUAGACUAGUCAAAAUUAUCACUAGUAGAAUAAUACGAGUGAAUAAAUUUAGAUUUUUAAUUUAAUUAAGAGAGAAAAUGUGAGAGAGAGAAAGGGCUUAAGUUUUUUGUAUAGAAACAAUAAGUGGAAUAAGUGUGGAUGCAUCUAUAUCUUCCACGAAAUUUCAAAACUGCAAACAUUUGCAAAGGAUUUUGUUACUCAAAUAUGUAUAUGAAUAUUUGAUAUGAUUCGAUAUAAGAUUUCUAUUUUCUGUUUAUCAUUGCAUCCAUCAUCAUGACAGCAGUGGAAGCUCCUUAUUCGCCAAAGUUUACAUCGUGUACGAAAAUUGUCACAAAUAUGGAGAUUGUGAGAGGCAAAAAAAAGAAAUAUAUUGAAAAAUUAAUACAUUUUUAAAUAGGAAAAAAUGUUUUUAUCUUUGACAUUUUUUUUUUUUUUUUAAUUUUAAAAUGGAAAUCAUAAGUACUUUUUUUAACAUUUGUUGAAACUAAAUCUUUUUUUUCGUUUUAUUAUUUACUUGUAAUUUUGUUAUAUUUGUGAAAGAUGACUGCAAGUAUAUCGAAUUGUGAAUUAACAAAAUAUACGAAUAAGGAAUGGGAGAAUGUAAAGCUUCCAUUGUACAAUACAUAUACUAUUUUUAUUUGAUUUUUAGUAGCGCGAUUUUCUUUGUUAGUACUUACAAUCUACGACAUAUUCACACACUAAAAAAUAAUCUAUAAAAUUCAUAAACAGAACGUUGGCUAUAUCAAUAUCGGUCCUUGUCUCGUCGAAGGAGAACAAGCACACGCUACUGUGUAAAAAUAUUCAAAUAAUGUGAUAUUAAUGACAGUCAAUGUGCGAAAGUAUUAUAUAGUCUAUAAUGAAUGAGCCAGUCUAAAGUGUUAUUCGUUUCUGUUUCCUUUUUGAAGUAAGCAUAUUAUAUGCAGUUUUGCAGUUGUCUUGGCCGAUUGUUGUAAUAAUAAGCACACAUACAAUGAGUAAGAAUAAUGAUAUAAAGUUUGUGUAUUUACUUUCAAUAUUGCAAUUACGUUUUCAUUCCUUAGCCUUUAGAUAUCAUCGUCGGAAAUUUUGAGUGUUUAUUUCGUUAAACUUUAAUUUGUAAUAUCGAUCUUUCUUUGUGACACAUUUAUAUAAAAGUAUCUGUCAAUACUUUAUAUAUACACAAUAUAAUUUUUUAAUAAAUGUGUAUCUUGUGUAUUCUCCGUAGUAGAGUGCUAUGUACAUCGAAAUUGAUAAUGAUUAUCGUUACAAAUUAUUAUAUAUAUAUCACAAAGUAUUCUAUACAAUUACUAAUGUAAAUAAUAUGCAAAUGACAGCGUGUAUGAAAAGUGUAUACAAAUUUGUCUUUAUCAUUUCGAAAAUUGUAGCCUCCUAAAAUUAUAUUGUAUAUAGAAUUAUUAUAAUGCUCGUUCGCAUUUUAACAUCACAAUUGAACUUGUCACAACAGAGAAGUUACUCAAGGCAUUUUUAAGCGAGAAUAUGUGUGCCGUCUCGGUCUGAGUUUUAUAAUAAAAUAUAUCAAGACACUUGUGAAACUAAUCUUAUAAAUAGUGAUUACGGUAGAUUCCACAGGCAUGUAACACUUUGAAACAGAAUAAUUGUUUGGAGUGAAAGUACCCUGGAAUAAAAACAUUCACAGAUA